UUCCCUUUGACUUCAACUUGACUCCCCACUCCACCUUUUUUUUUUUUUUGUUAUUAUUAUUAUAUUCUCAUUCAUUUUAAUUUAUCAUUAUGUUGCGCGUCAUUAACAAGGCUAGCGUGGCGCGUAGAACCCCUGCUAUGAUUCAAAAUGGAGUACGUGCCUUUUCUGCCACUGUCACCAAGAAGGACGAAGUAGAAGUAUUUAUCGAUGGCAAAUCUGUCAUGAUUGAACAAGGUGCUGCUUUGAUUCAAGCUUGUGAAAAAGCUGGUGCUGAUAUUCCUCGCUUCUGUUAUCAUGAACGUCUAUCUGUUGCUGGUAACUGUCGUAUGUGUCUUGUGGAAGUUGAACGAGCUCCUAAACCUGUUGCUUCUUGUGCAUAUCCUGUGAUGCCUGGUAUGAAGGUGAAGACCAACUCUCCUAUGGUACAUAAGGCUCGUGAAGGUGUGAUGGAAUUCUUGUUGUAUAACCAUCCUUUGGACUGUCCUAUUUGUGACCAAGGUGGUGAAUGUGAUUUACAAGAUCAAUCUAUGCGUUAUGGUAGUGAUCGUGGACGAUAUCAUGAACCUCGUGGCAAACGUGCUGUGGAAGAUAAGAACUUUGGUCCUCUCAUCAAUACCGAAAUGACUCGUUGUAUCCAAUGUACUCGUUGUGUCCGUUUUGCUAACGAAGUUGCUGGUGCUCCUGAACUUGGUACAAGUGGCCGUGGCAAUGAUAUGCAAAUCUCUACUUACAUUGAAAAAACCAUUGACUCUGAAAUGUCCGGUAAUGUCAUUGAUUUGUGUCCUGUGGGUGCCUUGACCUCCAAACCUUACCGUAUGACAGCUCGUCCUUGGGAAUUGAAGAAAUAUGAGACUAUUGAUGUCUCUGAUGCUGUGGGUAGCAACAUUCGUCUCGAUACUCGUGGUGUUGAAGUGAUGCGUAUUCUUCCUCGUUUAAAUGAUGAAAUUAAUGAAGAAUGGAUUUCCGAUAAGACUCGAUUCUUUUACGAUGGUUUGAAAGUUCAACGUUUGACAACUCCUUUGGUUCGUACUGGUGAUCGAUUUGUUACAUCUACUUGGGAAAAUGCUAUAGAAUUGGUUGGUGAACGUCUUGCUUCUGUUCAAGGAAAUGAAGCUAAGGCUAUUGCUGGUCAUCUUGCUGAUGCUGAAUCUAUGGUUGCUUUGAAGGAUUUGUUCAAUCGUAUUGGUUCUGAAAACUUGACCAUCGAUGCUCCUAAUGCUGCCAAGGGUCCUCUUGCUCUCAACAAUGACUUCCGUUCCAACUAUACUCUAAACUCUACUUUGGCUGGUUCUGAAGAUGCCGAUGUUGUUCUCUUGGUGGGUACCAAUCCUCGUCAUGAAGCUCCUAUUCUUAACACUCGUUUACGAAAAGCCUAUCUCCACAAUGGUCAAGACUUUGGUUUGAUUGGUGAAGCCAGUGACUUGACUUAUGACUAUGAACAUAUUGGUGCCGAUGCUUCUGCUAUUGAAGCUUUGUUGAAUGGUUCUCAUCCUUUCUCCAAGAGACUUGCUGAAGCUAAGAAGCCUUUGAUCAUCGUUGGUUCUGGUGUGGUUGAAAAUGCUGAAGAUAGUGAAUAUGUGGUUUCCAAGAUUGCUGAAUUGGCCGAUAAGCACAAGAAGACUUUGUUCCAAGAUAACUGGAAUGGUUUCAAUGUAUUACAGCGUGCUGCUUCUCGAACUGCUGCUUAUGAAGUUGGCUUUGUUCCUACCUCCAAGGAAGCUGCAUCCACUCCCUCCAAAUUUGUGUAUCUUUUGAACGCUGAUGAAAUCUCUUCAAGUGAUAUUCCUAAGGAUGCUUUUGUAGUUUAUCAAGGUCAUCAUGGUGAUGUGGGUGCUCAAUUCGCAGAUGUUAUUCUUCCUGGAUCUGCCUUUACGGAAAAGAAUGCCACUUAUGUCAACACUGAAGGUCGUACGCAAAUCACUCGUGCUGGUGUUAACCCUCCUGCUGCUGCCCGUGAAGAUUGGAAGAUUAUCCGUGCGUUGUCAGAAGUGGCUGGCCAUACCUUACCUUACGACGAUCUGCCCUCCAUUCGUUCCCGUUUGUCCGAAAUCAGUCCUGCGUUGACUCGAUACGAUGUAGUAGAACCUAGUACCAAUGCUGCUUUGGGUGUACAAUCUCUUCGCAAGACCAAUUUGUCAUCAAGUGGAGCAGUUUUGAACAAUGUGAUCAAGAAUUUCUAUAGAACCGACCCUAUCUCUCGUGCUUCCAAGACCAUGGCCAAAUGUACAAAGGAAUGGGUACAAGGAAAGGAAACUGAACCUCUCGAAGCAACUGCUUAGGUAGAUUUAUGUCGUUGUUUUCUUUUUUUAGUGGUAGUAGCAGUAGUUUUAUAUAUUUUUUUUUUGUUUAGUUAGUUGAUUUUAUCUGUCUUUAUUAUCCCUCAUUUGUUAUUUUAUAUACAUUAUGUCCUUUAUCUCUUUUUUUAUUUAUUUAUUUAUUUAUAUGGUGUGCCUUUUUGUUGGAGGGGUGGAAAUGGAAAACAUGGAUUCCUUAUUAUAUGAACGUCAUCAUCAUCAUUGUCAUCAUUAUUAUUUACAAACAGUCUACGGAUAUCACUUUUAUUUAGAAAGAUAUUCAUUCCCUUGUCUCUCCCUUCCCCCUUUUAUAUAUAUAUAUAUGCACACACAUACAAUUAUUUAGUUGAUAGAACAGAAAAAAAAAAAAAUAAAAAGACUUCCUUCUCUUACCCCAAAACAUUUCAAUAAAUAAAAAAAAA